CUCCAAGUGGACUUUGUGUUUCAUUGGGAAAGCACGCCAAAGGAUGCAAGUGUAAUCCAGGAAAAAACACAUCCUAUUGUUUCUUAGGAUCGCACACGGAUCCGUAGCCCGCACUUCUCAACGGCAGUACGAAGAAACGUACUGUACAGUGAAGCCGUAAGCAUCUGAUUUAGUGCCACCAUGAGUGGGGGAGUGAAUGUGAAGAGUCUUCCACGAGCCCAGCCGGGCUCUGGCAUUCCUCUGCACAGGACAAGACACCCCUCCCCGAAACCUGAGCCCAAGAGCACCAGUAGUGGCCUUCCGAGACCGUCCACACACGUCCCCGUUAGCAACAAAACCUCCUGUAGCAGCAGCCCUACAGCUUUCUCCUACAGAGAUGUGCUGAGGGACACCACCCUCAGAAACCAGCAUCUGCUACUAAGAGGCAGUCCACCUAGUCAACGUUCUUCCACCAGUCCUCAAACUCAGACCCAAGACUCUAGAUCAGCCCACAGCAGUCCACAAGUUCGACGGAAAGAGUCCCCACUUUCGAGGGGUGCUCUGGAUGGGUCCAAGAGUUUGCUUGACCUUCGGUUCAAUGGCAACAAGAACUUCCAGAGUGGAAACUUUCGUUCUCAGAUGGGAAGAAUGGACAACGAUAACAGUUUGAUCUCAGAAGAACUCAAAUGCCAUGAGGAGAGCGCUGCUUCUGGAAGCAGUCACAGCAAGACGGGAAUCCCUUUGUUCAGAUUUAUUAACAAAAACGUGAGGCCUGGUCCAGCAGCCACUAACGUAGAUACGGGUCUCCUCAGAGUCCAUCGAGAGAGAGUGUCCCUGCAGAACAGUGCCUCUAGUAGUUUUUCAGAUGAGGAGAUGUGCACCCCAGAUGACCUCAGCCCGGAGGUCCCACAAAAAACACCCCCCGAGACUACUGCAGUCCCGAAACAGGAAACCUCUAGUGUUGAGAGGCUCAAAGCCAAACAGUCACUGAAGGUCAAUAUGGCUGCUGUGGCACCUUUCAGAUACAGACUGCAGAUUCAGGAAGAUAUAUCUCUGGAUGACUUCAGUGACUGUUCCUCUGACUCAAUAGAAGUCUGCUGUGAUGACCUCAAUACUGGAGGAAUGCUUGGGGGUAGCCCAAGAGGACAAGGAGUAGAUCUGGAGACUGAAGCUGACAAAACGUCCAAAGCCAAGACCCCUCAGGGCCAGGCGGGAGCCAACGGAGUUGGGGGCAUGGCUGCGAAAAGGGGCAAGUCAGGGCUCCCACAGGCUACUCCUCGGGCUGAGCUAAAGGUCUACCGAGCUGUAAACUCUGAGGGUCAUCUUCCAGUGCCUAGUAACCUGCGCAAGCAAAAGUCCUUGACCAAUCUAUGUGUGCUUACGGACGCCGAGAAGAAGAUGCACCUGUACCAGCCCAAGUGGUCGGAUGACAUGGAAAAACCAGGGGCAGGUCAGAACAAGUCAGGCAAGCUCAAAGAUGCCGGAGGGGGUACAGGCAAGGGUAUCCCACUUUCCAAGAACCUUUCCAAGUCAGAGCAUUCACUGUUUCAGGGAAAGCCAAAACCCUUUAGCCCACCUUCCAAACUAGGCAAAGCCAGUCGGAUACCUAAGGGUCCUUAUGCUGAGGUCAAACCCAUCAGCAAGGCUCAAGAGCUGGCAGAUGACGGCAAGUCAGAUGAUGAGAUCUUGUCCAGCAAGGCUAAAGCUAAUGGUAAGAAAACUGUAAGUGGUACCUCAGGAGCAGCCACCCCAGGUGGGGGCAGAGGGGACAAAGAUGCACCAGAACCAGAGGAAGGGGACAAGACCUUUCUAAAGGUGGACCCUGAACUGGUUGUAACAGUACUUGGGGACCUGGAGCAGCUUCUCUUCAGUCAGAUGUUGGAUCCCGAGUCCCAGAGGAAACGUACCGUUCAGAAUGUCCUUGACCUCCGGCAGAACCUGGAAGAUACCAUGUCCAGCUUACGGGGGUCACAGCUCAGCCACAGCUGUAUUGAGAGCAGCAUGUGCUACGACAGCGAUGAGACUAACGCCCGCAGCAUCUCUAGCUUGUCCAACCGUUCCUCCCCUCUCUCCUGGCGCCAAAGCCAGUCCAGCCCUCGGCUGCAGGCUGGCGACGCCCCCUCCUCCGGGGUCUCCGCCCACUCGCUGCCCAUCCGAGCAACAACGCAGACCAGCCACCUGCAGACCAGCCACCUGCAGCACAUCCAGCUCAUCGAGGGCCUGGAUGCCGCGGACGAUGACCUGGCUGACCUCAAGUCUGGUUACCUCAGCGACAGCAACCUGACGGGCAAGAGCCAACCAGAAGAAGAGGAUGACGACGAUGAUGACGUUGAUGUAGACGUCGAUGAUGACGACCUAGCCAAUGGUUGGGAUGAAAGCAGCUCCAUCAGCAGCGGUUUGAGUGAUGGUUCAGACAACCUCAGCUCAGAGGAGUUCAACGCAGGCUCCUCCCUCAACUCCCUGCCAACAACUCCCAUUGGCUCCCGACGAAACUCCGCCAUCGUGGUAAUUCACUUUAAUUGGAUAGAAAUAUUGCUCGCCCAGUCUGUGUUUCUUCUUCAAGGUUUGUUGCAUCAGUUGGCCAAUUUCUUUCACUCCCCCAUCACGCACACCUCACAGAGCAUGCUCAAAGUGCCAGGAGUUCCAAAGAACGAUCAGCGAGUCGUGGACAAAGCCAAAAUGGCAGUGAAAACAUCAGGCUUACAGCGCUCCAGUUCGGAUACAGGGAAAGAUCGUGGUGAGCACCGAAAACCCCCUUCCGGUCUUGUCCGUCCCUCCGCCAGCACGGUUAAUUCCUUCGGUUACAAGAAAUCCAUUCCAACUACCGGCACUGCCACUGUACUAACAAAUAGUGGAAGCACCAUCUCCGGAGACUCUCCUAUUGUGAACAAAACUCCUAAAACCUCUGGUAUCCCAGUGAAACCCUCUGCCGGUGGGGUAGGUGGAGGACGAAAGACCAGUCUUGAUGUGUCGAACUGUGAUCAAAGUUUCAUGGCUCAGAACGCACGCAACAACAUCCAGUAUCGUAGUCUCCCGAGACCUGCUAAGUCCAGCACCUUGAGUCUGACGGGAGGACGGCCGGGCGUUCGUCCCUUCAGCAGCAACAUGGAGGCUGGUCUGCAGGGCCUAAAAACAGUCCCCACCCCGUCUAGACUGAAGGAACCAGGCAGUGUGAAGAGCUCCCAUCGGGCCAGUACAGGAGGGUGCACUCCAGUCAACCAGACGGACCGUGAGAAGGAGAAGGCCAAAGCCAAGGCAGUGGCGUCUGAUUCUGAGUGUGGUGGAGGCGGCCUGCUAAAGAACGGCACAUUGACACCAACACAAAGCACGCUGGAGCCUCCUUCCAAACUACUGGGACUUCGGCUGCCAUCCAGCGUGGGCAAAUAUUCAGAGCUGCCCUCUCCCAACUCUCAGAGGCCCUCCAGUGCCAGAUCUCUGCCCAAACCUGCUCACCUGGACAAGGUCAACUCCAACAGCCUGGACUUUGGGAUAAUCAGAGUGGAGGACCAGCUUCCUCCAAAAGUGCCGCCCUUCUCCAAAUUACAAGAUCUGUCAGGAAUUAGCAGCACAAGCUGUCUGACACCCAGUCCGGCUCCCAUCCUCAACGUCAACUCCUCUGAGUGUUUCUCCAGCGCCACCGUGGGCCGAGGGGGCAGCACUGGCGGCUCUCCCUCGCUCUACCCCCGCCUCUCUGGGCUGCACCGUAGCAUGGAGUCCUUGUCACUACAGAUGAGCGUGUCUCCUGCAGGGGGCAGCAUGACGGAGCACAGGCCCAGACAUGAGGACAGAGGGACGGAUGGUGGCUGGUCGACAGGAAGCAGAGCCUCACUCACGCUCACGACAGACAGCUCACAAAGGGACAGAAAUACUCUCCCAAAGAAAGGCUUAAGCCAGCACAUCUCCUCGCAGGCUGAGGAGGACAGUAAAGAGAGACGUCACUCGCACACUAUAGUAAGCCUGACUGAGACCAACAGUCCGCCGCAGUUCCCUUCACCCAUACUGACAGGAAAAGCACCACUGACGAGCAUCAUAGCACCCAGCCCCACCUCAGGAACGCCAAGAAUGACCAGAUCCAACAGCAUCCCCACUCACGAGGCCAGUUUUGAGCUGUAUCAGGGCUCUCCUCUGGGCAGCACCCUAUCGCUCGCCGAGCGACCCAAGAGCAUGAUCCGAUCCGGCUCCUUCAGAGACAGAGAAGCCUGCGAUGACGUUCAUGGCUCAGUGCUCUCACUGGCGUCUAAUGCCUCCUCCAGCUACUCCUCAGCGGAGGAGAGAAUACAGGGUGAGCAAAUCCGUAAGCUGAGGAGGGAGCUGGAGUCUUCACAGGAGAAGGUGGCCAAUCUGACCUCACAGCUGUCUGCUAAUGCCAACCUGGUGGCAGCGUUUGAGCAGAGUCUGACCCUCAUGACCUCUCGACUCCAGAACCUCUCCUUCGGUGCUGAGCAGAAGGACAGUGAAUUACUGGACCUUAGAGAAACAAUCGACAACCUUAAGACCAAGAACAUGGAGGCGCAGGCCGUCAUCCAUGUGGCACUCAAUAACCCAGAUGUGGCCCCCAAAGAGUUGCGAAUCAGGAGGCAGAACUCAUCCGAGAGCAUCUCUAGUCUGAACAGCAUUACCAGCCACUCCAGUGUGGGCAGCCUGAAAGACGACGCCAAGAAGAAGAAGAAAAAGAACUGGUUACGAAGUUCUUUUGGCAAGGCGUUCAGCAUUAAGAAGGGCGCUAAAGAUGGCUCUAUGUACUCUGAUAUUGAAGAGAUCGCCACUCCAGACUCUUCUGCACCUAACUCACCAAAACUGGGUCAUGAAGAGGGAGAGAACCCGCCCACUUCCCUCCCAUCCAGCCAAUCAGCCACUUCCUCUGUGAUCCAUGAAAGUAACGAGGAAAACGAGAGUGAUGAGAAGAUGGUGUCAGAGCUGCGGUCUGAGCUGUGGGAGAAAGAGAUGAAACUGACAGACAUCCGGCUAGAAGCGCUGAGCUCAGCACAUCAGCUGGAGCAGCUACGAGAAGCCAUGAACAACAUGCAUAGGAUGGUGGACAGUCUGAAGGCAGAGAACGAUCAGCUGAAAACAGGAAGUGCUCCAUCAUCCCUUGUCCUCCCUUGCGGCCCACCUUCUACUUCCACCUCCCAGCCGUCUGGUCUGGCCAGCUUCCUGAACUCUAGCCAAACCAAACCACCCAUGAGCCUCACCAAGUCCUUCAGCCUCAGCCUCAAUGAGUGCUCCAACACUGACGUUGCUCCUAUGGAGUUACUGAGUCUGCCAUCUCAGAGAGACGAGGCCUUAACGCGUGUGGUGGUCCGUAUAGCUGACCAGCAAGUGUCCAGAGAGGUGAGGCAGCAGGAUUUCUACAUCGGCUCUGUGAGGAUUCAUGGGAAAACGGAGUGGUCUGUGUUAGACACGGACAUCUCCACAGCUUUUGGGAACUACAUUUCGCAGGUGGAUCCCAGUGCGAGUAUGGGACUGUCUGUCGACUCUAUCCACAGUUACAGUAUUAAUCAGAGCAGGAGGGUGCUUGGAGCCGAAGCCCCAGAAAGUUCACCCUGUGACUGUUUAAAAAAGGGUCCUGGACUCGUCACUGUCACCCUUAAAGGUUUUAAGGAGAAGUGUGUGGACAGUCUGGUGUUUGAGACGAUUAUCCCCAAGCCCAUGAUGCAACACUACAUAAGCCUGCUUCUGAAGCACCGACGGCUGGUACUGUCGGGCCCCAGCGGCGCGGGAAAGACCUACCUCACCACCCGACUGGCUGAGUACCUGCUGGAGAGGAGCGGCCGUGACCCCGGCCCUGGCCUUAUCACCACCUUCAACAUGCACCAACAGACCUGCAAGGACCUCCAGUUGUACCUGUCUAAUCUGGCCAAUCAGAUUGACCGCGAUUGUGGUGCUGAGGACAUUCCAUUGGUCAUUAUCUUGGAUGAUAUCAGUGACGCGUCUUCCAUCACUGACCUGGUCAAUAGUGCACUGACCUGCAAAUAUCACAAAUGUCCUUAUGUCAUUGGAACCACCAAUCAGUCUGUUAAGAUGCCAUCCAAUCAUGGCCUGCAUCUCAGCUUCAGAAUGGUCACCUUCUCCAACAACGUGGAGCCUGCAAAUGGGUUCCUAGUGCGUUACUUGCACAGGAAGUUGAUCGAGGCGGAGGAUGAAAGCACUGUUCACAGUGCUGAGGUGCUGAGGGUUCUGGACUGGGUGCCUAAACUCUGGUACCAUCUCCAUACCUUCCUGGAGAAACACAGCACCUCAGACUUCCUCAUAGGUCCCUGCUUCUUCCUGUCUUGUCCAGUAACGUUAGCAGAGUUUCGCUCCUGGUUUAUUGACCUCUGGAACCAAUCCAUUAUUCCUUAUCUUCAGGAGGGAGCUAAGGAUGGUGUGAAGGUCCAUGGUCAGAAAGCAGCAUGGGAGGAUCCAGUGGAGUGGGUGAGGGAUACGCUGCCCUGGCCUUCAGCUCAACAGGAUCAGGCCAAACUCUUUCACCUCCCUCCGCCAACCACCGGCCCCAACACUGCUCCAACACAGCAGCCCAGUGACGACAGGAUCACGUCCAACAAGGACACGUCUCUGCCCACAAUGGAGUCCGAUCCACUGAUGGCAAUUCUGUUGAAACUCCAGGAAUCUGCCAACUACAUCGAAUCACCCGAACGGGAUAUUUCAGGCAACCCCACUUUCUAGGCUGAGCUAAAAGACUCGAGAGCUUCCUAAUGGCUAGGGCUGUUACAAAACACUGUUCUGUACAGCUGAUUUGCACCUCCUGUCUCCUUCAAAAGGUUUGUGAGAGUCGAGAAGAGGAACCGUCAAGAACAUCCAUGUCAAGAAGUCUGAAAGAAAAACUAAAGAACUGAUCCUGCCAGAUCUGAGUGAGAAUCUUUUUUGCACUGUUGUCUUAACCAGACCUUCCUUUGCUUAUUUAACCUGCAAGUUGCAUGGCAAUACUUGCAACUGGGGACUGUGAAGAUUGGAUUAUUGUGAAUAUGAAAUGUUCUUGUCUGUCAUACUGGGAACAAAAUUUGCUCCACAUUUGUUCGAUAUUACUUUUGUUUUGGGUAAUAUCUGACCAUAUGGACCAAAAAUGUAUUUAUUCUUGUUUGCAAAAGUACCGACACUCCAUCCUCAAGAUCAAGUUGCCUGAAUCCUGUACACAAAGGUGCGGUUACAUUUAGACCAACUCGCAUGGAUGCAAAACGUAACGUACAAGAUGGUGCUUAGAAUUCAGCCUUAAAUGAUGUCCCUCCAUAUAUCAUGAAGUCAGUCCCAUAGCAAUCUGAUUAUUACUCUAUAUUACCUCACAGUUUGCAUAGUGAUGCAGUUUUAAGGUGCAGUAUAUACCCAUAACCAGGUUGCAUUCAUUCCUAUCAAACACACAGACAUCGGACAGAUGUAGACUAGAUCUCUGAGAGGAUGCACUUUGAUUCUUAGCUUUCAAUCAAGAGCACUUACUGGUUGUUCAAGGUUCGUAGGUUGUUCGCUUCAAUGGUGAGUUGCAGCAACAAAGCAACCAAAAGUCGUUUGUUUUGAGUUUGAGGCGACAUGAGCAAUAGAUACUGUUGGUGAUUGACAAAGUUCAGCUAUAUGCAAAUGUCUACCAAUGGGAGAACAGAAAAUGAAGCUCAUGUGAUCUGCCGCCUUAUAUUGUUGGUCGUUUAUUGCCUACAAAACUUUAAGGCGGCACUUGGAGAUGCAGCAAAGCUGAGCAUGACUGCAGUAGGGCUCAUGUGAUGCACCGCCUGAUACAGUCGGAGGGCGACCUCAGGCGAUUUAAUCGUUGUCAGUAAUAACAGAGGUGCUGUUACCGGUGCACGAGAACAGUAUGCAACAUCUUACUUUCAGUAACUAUCUAUGUGCGUCCAGUGCAUUUGACCUUAUGAAGAUAAUCAAAGGCUUUGUUCUCACUGAUACCCCAAACCCACUUGGCUUUGUGCUGUAGCAUUACUGUAGCAACUAAUGUAGGCCCUGUUUCCACCUGGUAUUAACAUGCAUUUCAAAUGCAUCUAAUGUGACCUUUUGUGAUUGGAUUUUGUUGAGUAAUUCCCCUUUUAUUUUGGGAUUCUCAACAUCUCUUUUGCAAGAGCGCCAAAUGUGGCAAACAAAUACCAUGGAAUGAAGGAACCUAUGUUGCGCAGCUUACAAGCGAGCGGGAAUGGAAAAAAAAGAAAAAAAAGAUAGAUGGCAGCUGCAAUUUGGAUCAUAAUCUCGUUUAUGAUGAAAUUGCUUAAGUUUUAGCUUCAGUUUGAGUCGCUUGUUUUGUGUGCUUUCUUUCAACAUGUCUCAGAACGAUCAUGUGUUAGUUAAGGGUGGGUGGCGUCUAGGCAUCCAGGACAAAUGGGAAUUUACAUUGUAAAUGUGAUGUGGUCACAUGCAUUUUUGACUACCUCCAUUUGUGGUUUCAGUGAUUCGAUCACAGUUUUAGACCCUGUUUACACCUGUAUUUAGUACCGGACACUUGUGAUCGGAUCGCCAAAAACACGUUAAUACAAGGUGGAAACAGGGCAGUAAAUAUACUGGAUAUUGACUCCACUGCCUGAACAAAUGAAGCCAAUUUGAGCUCCUGCCAAAUAAAAUGCAGAUAGAUUGGGUUUGAAAACAGAUCAGGAUUGUUUGCAGUGUGAACAAAGCCAAAAUGGUUUAAACAAUUUAUGUCUGGAGGAGGUUUAGUCAUUUGUGUUUGGCCUUUGUUAUGUCUAGAGGUUCAAUCACAUCAGUGUUCGCUUACAGUUUUACACGCACUUAUGUCCUUUGGUGUUUUGUAACAAUGUAGCCAGUUUUUGGAUUUAACAUUGCAUUUGUUUUUAUUUCUGGUAACUUCAAGUCACAGGACGACCCCAUGUCAGGGUCUUUUACAAACUCUCAAAUCAUUCCAGUAACAACUGUAACACAGAAUAUCUUGUGAUUCAAUUCACAUUUAAAAAAUAACAAUGGUGGAUUGCAACUCAUGAAUGCGUUUGCUAUUGGCUGAUUACAGGUGCUCCAGAUCUGUAUGUGCAUGAAAGCUUCAACUCUGAGGAACAUUAUAGCUAAAAAAGACGCCAACGGAUGUGUUGGCAACCAGUCUACAAGAGCAAAGUGAUUUUUUUAACCUAAAUUACCAAACUGAAACUGAAUUUCUCAUGUAUAUGUACUAACCGGUUAGUACUAGCACUAUAGCAAUGUCAUGAAACUAUGCCGUUGUAAUCUCAGAAUGUAAAUUGGAUCAAAACUUAAGUUUGCCAACACACCUAGUGCUCUUGAUGAUGCUUGCCGCCGCUUGUGCUCGUGUUUACGUGUCCUGUUACUGUCAGAUGUAGCUCUCCAAAUGAAUAACCAGAUGAGCAUUUUUUUAAAGGUCUUUUUUGUACGCGUUUGUUUUUUACUAAAGGAUCCAAGGCUGACAUUUGUAAAUAGAUUUACAAAAAAAUUGCCAAAAAAAAAAAUACAAACAAAAAUGGUCUAGGGUAGAAUAAACAGAGCAAGGUUAAAAUAUCACAACUAUGAACUGAAUGUGUCUGGUUAGAUAUACAUUACAGCGAGGAUCGCGGUCAUCUCUCAGUUAUCGCCUUUCCUGUAGAGGCAAGUUAACUGCCACAAAGUAACUAGAUCAUGUUGCCUAUGUACAUGUUUCACUAUAAAAGUGUCCUCUGUAUUCUCUUCCGGAUCGUACAAGGUAUUGAAUGGCUUUUACGAUUGAGUUGGCCAUAACAACCCAUUAAAAAACAAGUCAAAUGAAGUGCUUUAGCGGUGCUUCAGCUCACACAAGUACCUCAAAAUCUGUCUUAACAGCUCAUCGUAUGAUCAUAAACUUCCCUUAACCGCUUAAGAUAGUUUGGGGCUUUGGGGAAGAUUCCCCAGUGUUUGUCAUGAAAAUGUGCCUAAUAUAAGCCAACUCGUUGGACAUUGCAAUACCUAAACUAUUAUGUUUUGCAAGGGAUUGUUUGCUGUGGAGGAUAAGAAUGCGAGCGAACGUGUUAUCCUUUUUUUAUGCUAGCUUAUAAAUAACAUUGAGAUUUGAGCUCGCCGGUAGUCUCGUUUCCAAAUGUCCUGGAAAUCGAGGCUGCUUUGCCAGCUAGCACAAACUAAAGCCAUUGCCCACUGUCUCUCAGAUAUAUUUGCCAUCAUAGUACAGUGUGCUUUAUCAUAUCUGCUGUCUUGCAUAUGAACUGAUACAGUUUGGACAACCUAAAAUGGAGUGUCUAAGUCUUGAUUAAUUUAUUCAGUAAUUUUUUACUGUUUUACGACUAACAAUGCUGAAUGUUCAAGCAGGCACAUUAAUAAUACAAAACCUGUGCUUUAUAAACUCAUGUUUUCCCACUUGUUUUAGAUUAAACGGGUUCAAUAUUGUUCAGUCAAAACAGAUUCAUGAUUUGUCACUAUGCAACGUUGGAAUAACAUUGUAGAGUUGAGUUGUUAGUACCAAUGACAGAAAACUAUGGUAUAUGUAAUAAGCUAAUGUGCAGGUUUGAUGGUGUUUUAAUGUUGAUGUGUAUCACCAUUGUUUGUCUGGAAAAACACAUUGGACCUACCUGUCCCACUGGGAUUUCAAACAAAAUCUAUGUUUUUCUUUUUGUUCUUCUUCCUCUUUUUUUCCUGCUUUCUCUUUAAUAAAUCUUUCUAUUUUGUAUAGAACAUUGCAAUUGUAAACAUUGUAAAUAGUAAACUCAUCCGCGACCACAAUCACAGUAAAAUAUGAAAAGAUCCGGCCCUAUGAUGAGACACCUUUUGUUAUUGUUGGUUUUAUUAUUAUUUUUUGCAAACUGUCUGCUGGAAAGGGGUUAUAAAGGCAUGUGCUGAUCUGAGAGAAUUUCUUCCAUCAAAUAUUCACUCACGUUUCCAAUAAACUCGUGCCAUCCCUA